AUGCCGUAUACUUCUUCCAAGACAUGGAUCUCAGACAUAAUCAAGGAAUGUGACAAAUUCGCGAGAAUUUUGAAUAACUCUCUGUUUACCGCGCCCGAGUCGCCAAAUGUCCCUGAAGCCUACUGCGAAUGGCUUGAAUAUGGAGUGUUCAUCAAUCAAAGAACCCAGGAGGCAGAAUCUCGACGCCGCACACUAAGAGCCUCACAACAACUCAGCCGGGCGAAAACCUCGAUUCAGCCAUUCGCUGGCAAGACGUUCAAAGACACUCGAUCUUCCGUGCUGGCAAUGGAGACGAUAUGGCUACCUUCUAUGAGCUUCCAUCUUGAACGGCCUGUCGCUCCCUGGCCAUGCAGCGACGAGCUCAUGAGCGACAGUACCACGAGAAGUAUGUCUGGAUAUUCCCGCUUUCCACCUCUGCCUAGGGUACCAGGCAACGAGACCGUCGAUUGGAGAAAAAGAGCACCAAUAACGCCGUACCCGUUUGAUACUUUUGGAAUGCCCAGUCUAGGACUCAUCGCCGGCGCGCCAGAUACCGAAGAUGAGAUGGCUUUCUUCGUCGGUCAGGCCCUGCUCGAGGAGAUCAAUAUUGAUGAAUUCUAG